UCUUAAGCCGCGAGAUAUGAACUUCAAAUGUUUUUCGAGAUUUUAAGAGAUUUCCGAUCAAGUUCAAUUAGAUCCACGAUGAACCCUAAUUAUUCUUCGCAAAUUCAUACUUCGGAUUACAAACGAGACGAACGACAAGAAAUGCUGGUCGCCCCACCGUUAGACUUAUCGUUUAAAAAGGCCACCACCAUGGACGAAUUGAUGGAGAAACGUGCACAAGUGAUACGCACUAGAAAGGCUCCGGUAAGAACGUUGAAGGAUCGUUAUAUAACCAGUACGUUGUGGCUGAGCAAUAAUCUGUUGAGCUCGAUGGAGGGUCUUCAACGUCUCGCGAAAAGAGUUCUCGACGAUCCCGCGUAUCUCAGCUGGCUGGAUUUGUCUUUCAAUGAGAUAAACGAGAUUGGAGAAGACAUAGAGAAGUUCACAAACUUGAAAAUUCUCUACCUGCACGGCAAUAAAAUCGCAAAUAUCGCGGAUACUCUAAAACUCAGGAACUUACAGAAUCUCAGAUCGUUGACGUUACACGGUAACCCGAUCGAAGAUGUCCCCUGUUACAGGGGUUACAUCGUACAUCUUCUCCCACAGUUGCUCGUCUUAGACUUCUCGCCGGUGAUUGCUGCUGAAAAGAAAAAGGCGUUGCCCGUAGGAUUUUUUAAGAUGAUACAACCCGGGAUACGAAUAUAAAACUUUAUUUUUAUAUCGCUGGAAUAUAAUUCUUUUGAGAUAUACAUUUUCCCUAAAUAUUUUUAUUUCCGUACCUCUUUUGUAACAUUGUAUCAUGUUACUCGCGUUACUUGAGACGUGGUGGCUUUACGAAACACAAUUGCAUUUCAAAUUAAUUAUUUUUCUAAGAACGAUGCAUAUCUGAUGAAAUUUAAUCUUAUAUUAAAUAAUAAGCAAUUAAGAUAAAAAAGGACAUCUGUAAUUUCUGUGGAAUCAUAAACACGAUUACAGACAUAAA